CAACCCCUGUGACCAUAUUUGGCCGUCCGAUCAGACACGUAGCAAUUAUCGACGAACCGGAGAAGCACGCAGAGUCGCUAUAAAUGGUAGAGGAAGGGGCGCAUUACUUCCGAGGUGCCUCAUUUCUCUCUCUCAUCGUGGAAUUUCAGUGUGUAUGUGGUCUAUUUCUCUGAGGAGUCGGCACGGUAGAGCGGUCGUUCCGUUCCGGAUUGAUUCUUUUGCAGGAGUCCUUGGGGCCCCAGCUACUCAUUCCAUGCUUUCCUUUCUCAAGGAGAGAACUAUAGUUGGGGCUGGAAAAUUGUAAUGUCUGGUUUUCACUGUGGCAGUGGAAGAGUUCAAAGCUUGAACCCUAACUAGGAGCAUGAGUGGGACACGGAGGCCUUCAAGGGGUUCUAACCGGCAUGUCCAAGGUAGGAAGAUGGUUCUGGAUGUUGACCUGAAUCAACCUGCCUCAUUAGAAAGCAGGGAAACUGGUACAACCACAGUGAGUGGACGGGCAUUGCCAUCAUUGAGCUACAGAAGGCAAGUUGCUCCAAUUGAUGUUGAGGCUAUUGAAGAUGUUGUUGUCAUUUCCUCCCCUACGAGCUUUACUGAAGCAAGGAAUCUUUCAAGACGCAAUAAUGGUGCAACAGUUGUGCUUGAUGAAGAUACAAGCAUACGACCAAGUUACCCAGUGGCUACAGGCGUUAGGCCUUCUAGAAGAGACUGCAAACGGGAAAGAACUUCAAGCCAGGUAGUUAUCAAUUGUGAUGAUGAUGAUGAUUGUGGUGUUGCCAGCACAUCAAAGAGGAGAAACGUUGGAGCAAAUGUACACAGCAAAAGUGUAAAUACUGCGCCGAAGGAAGUGACCUUCACGUGCGCAGUUUGCAUGGGUACGCUGACGGAGCCAAUGUCUACCAUUUGUGGUCAUAUUUUCUGCAAAACUUGCAUCAAGACCAGCAUCGACGUUCAAAAGAAAUGCCCUACCUGCAGGCGAAAAUUGACUCACAGUAACAUUCACCGCAUUUACCUCCCCGACGCCAGUGUCAGGUGAGUGUCAGUGUAGGUUUCCUUUUUGUUGAGAGUUAACCAUUGGCUGUAACAGAAGAUUUCCCUUACGAGCUCGACCACUGCUUGUACACCCAUAUAUGGAUAAGAUGAUGUUUAAAAGAUGGCGUGGGAUCGACCACUGCAGGUAUAUGCAUAUAGUAUGAAUUUCAAAAGUAAAA